AUUGUCCUCGUCGGCCACCGUAUGAUGUCGUGGCGUUUCCUGACGAUCACUGAUUAGCCGUGGCGUCCCCGCUAUCCGUGGAUAAAAGCUAAUUCCAACUUAUUCCAGUCUUCGUUUUUAGCUCUUACGACUACAUAAACUAUUGAACAGCGUUAUCUUAAGUGAGUCGAGAUGAGACGCAGCGGACUUGGCGAAGGAGCCCCUGGCAAUUAUGUAGCAAGCGGAUACAGCGUGUAUGAAGAGGAGAAUGAACACUUACAGGAGGGACUGCGAGCUAAAGUCAACGCUCUGAAAAGUCUGUCCAUUGACAUUGGAACGGAAGUCAAAUACCAAAAUAAAAUGCUGGACGAUAUGGACACGGACUUUGACUCUACGGGCGGACUGCUCGGCGCCACCAUCGGCAGAGUCAAGCAGCUGUCCAGGGGCAGUCAGACCAAACUGUUGUGCUACAUGCUGCUCUUCUGCCUUUUUGUCUUCUUUGUCCUGUACUGGUUCAUCAAGCUGAGGUGAUAGGACUCUGUUGGACUUUGCCAUAUAGCGCCACAUCAUCCUUCUUGGUCUCCGCAGUGCUGAAUCAUCUCUCGACUGACGUUAUGAUGAGGAAAGGCAGGGAUGUUUUUUAAUGACUCUGCUUUACAGUAUGUGCCCUGAUGUCUGAGCAUUAUUAUGAGUUGUGACACAAGUCCCAAAACGUAAAACUGCUGGGAAGAACCCAGAGAUGAUACAUGAUAACAGUUAACCUGAAGAAGACAGUACAGUAUUUGUAUAGAGUUUACCACUGGCCAAUUUACCUGGAAUAAGAAGGCACGUCACAACUGUUAGUAGUUUAUUAUUCAACUUAAUUUAUAGAAUUAUACAUUAAACACACAAUGUAGUGGAUUGGCUUUAAAUAAUGAAUGGACAUUAUUUCACAGCCAUGAAAACAAUAGCAGAAUACUUCAUUGUCUUAACUGUGUUGUAAAAAUGUUAAUGUAAAUAAACAAAUUUUAUGCACCGA